AUGCUUCUGGGUGCUGCGCGUGGUAUGCGCAUUCCAGCACACGGCGUGCGUGCCUUGAGCACGAGUGCAGCACGCGCACAGGCGCCAAGGCCGCCAAGGAUGGUACCUGUGUCGCAUGUGCGCGCAGGAACGCAGACGCCAAAGGAUCCACUCGACGUUGCGCGCCGCUUCCCUGACCACCCCUUGAUGCGAUUUUUCCAGCGCGUCCCGGUGGAAAUUGCGCGCGAGGGGACACAAGGCAAGCAUGCGGAUGAGCGCAAGACGAUCAUGCUCCCUGCUGCUGUCACUGAGAAUGAUCUCUCGCACGAAUACUCGUCGCGCUCAUGGCUCGCGUCGGAGUUGCGCCGCAAAAGCAGUGCCGAACUGCAUACGCUAUGGUAUAUCCUUAUAGUAGAGCGCAACAAGCUCGCAACGAGCUGGGAAGAACUGAAGCGCAAUAAUGCAGAGAACGCCGCGCGCAUGCUCGGUGAGAGUCUGUCACACCGCCACCACCGCGUGCGCAAGUCGAUGGCGCGCAUCAAGUUUGUGCUGAAUGAGCGCCGCAUGGCACUGGUCGAGGCGCAGCACAAUGCCCGCUCGGGGCCCGACACUGCGGCGUAUGACGACGAAGAUUUGUUCGAGUCAGAGGCGCUAUACCAUCCCCUCCAGAGUAUGCUGCCACAGAUUACCUUUGUGGCCAACGCGUGUCCGGACACGAGGCCUACGAUGUUGGAGGGUGUUUUAGCAUCCGUGCUAAACCGUUUCUUGGCGGCCUAUGUUGACGGCCUCAAUACGAGCCAACUCAAUGUCGGGAUCUGGAGUGGCGACGUGACGCUGAAAAACCUGAAACUGAAGCGUACCGCCCUGGAAAAGGUGAAUUUGCCGAUUGACGUGCGCGAAGGGUAUUUGGGCCAACUCACACUUUCAAUCCCAUGGUCGAACCUUAAAGGCAAGCCGGUGCGCGUGCUAGUUAAGAACGUCUCGCUCCUUGCCAGUCCCCGCGAUGCCAGUGGCGUGGUCGAUCCGGAAGCAGAGGAAGCGCGCGCGCAGGAACUCAAGCAAGAGCGGCUUGCCCAGGACGAGAUGCUUAGCAGCGGUAUGCCCGUCAAGAACGAUUCGGACCUGGAAAAAGCCGAAUCAUUCAUCAGCUCCCUAGUGACCAAGAUUGUGGACAAUGUGCAGGUCACGGUACAAAAUAUUCAUAUCCGGUACGAAGACGAUACUGCGAAUCCCGGUUCUCCAUUUGCCGUGGGCGUCACGCUCGCCGAGCUCAGUGCAGUUUCCACCGACGAGCACUGGGUGCCUGCGUUUGUGCACAACAGCGCGUACGGUAUCCACAAACUCGCUAAACUCGACUCGCUUUCCGUCUACUGGGACACAGACACCCAGUUCCUGGAGACUAGCAACGCAGAAGAGCUCCAGCUUAAGCUGAACGAGAUGAUCCCAACCAAAGACACGCAGCCGCCGCACCAGUACGUCUUGGAACCCGUCAGUGGUGCUGGGAAAUUGGUGAUCCGCAACCACGCGACCAAAGACGUGCCGGCGAUGGAUGCACAGCUGUCUUUCGAGCAGAUUGGAUUUACCCUGGACGAUGCGCAGUACUGUGACAUGCUCUACCUCGGCGACCUCUUCCACUUUUACAGCCGCCGCGCUCGCUACCUCAGCAUGCAUCCUGCCGACGCCGACCUUGAUGCAAACAAACCACGCGCCUUGUUCAAGUUUGCCAUCCGCGCGGUGCUUACCGAAGUGCACGAGCGCCACCGUAUCUGGACGUGGGACUUUUUCAAGAAGCGGCGCGACGAGCGCAAAAACUAUAUCAAGGCAUUUAUCGCGUCGCAGAAACACGCCUUGCCCGUCGGCGCCCAUGCAUCGCCCCUGGCAUCCACAGAGCUGGAGCACUUGGAGCGUGGGCUGGACUAUAGAGAUAUCCGCCGGUACCGCUCCCUCGCACGCCGCCAGCUGCGCGAGCAGGCGCCGCCUGCGCCCGACCCGGCCGAGGAAAAAGGCGCGCCUGCGCCGUCCCAGCCCUCGGGCGGGUGGUUUGGCUGGCUCUGGGGCGCCCCGGACCAGAGCAAAGGCGAGGAGCACCCCACACUCAACACCGAGCAGCGCAAAGAGCUGUACGACGCGAUCGAAUGGGACGAGGACACUGGCACUUCUCGUUUUUCCAAGCUGGACAACCUGCCAAAAGAAGCAGUAAAGGCCCAUGUCACUGCACGACUCGACCGCGGCUUUUUCAACAUCAAGGACCAUGCGCGCGAGAGCAAGAUUAUUUCGCUCGCCUUUGACACGCUUCAGGGCGAGAUGAGCCAGCGCCCUGAUAAUCUCGACGUAUCGUGCUCCCUCGGCGCGCUGCGCGUCUUGGACGGCACUUCUCACGACACCAAAUUUCCCCAGAUUGUGCAUGUCAAAGGCGACGACGAUGACGGGCGUACGGACGCAACCGAGAUGGAAAAGAUUAGCGACCCAGAAAACCCCCUCUUGUACAUCCUUUUUGAACACAACCCGCUGGAUGGGCGUGCAGACAAUGCGCUGACCUUGACGAUGCGUUCGCUCGAAGUGGUGUACCAUCGCAGCUACGUUGAGUCCAUCAUCCGUUUCUUUUCUCCCCCGGAACGCGAGAUGGAGUUGCUCGGGGCGUUGAUCGAUGCUGCGAGCGAGACUUUGGAAGGCAUCCGAAAAGAGACGAGGAUAGGCCUUGAAAACGUCCUUGAGACGCACAAGACGAUCGAUGUCUCGCUCGACGUCAAGGCCCCCAUCAUUGUGAUACCCGAAGACGUCACGUCGCGCGAUAGUCUAAUGCUCGUCCUCGACGCCGGGCACAUUGCCAUGCGCUCGCUCCUUGCCGAUCCCGAGACCAUGGACGCCAUCCGUGCGAAACACAACCGGCCGUACUCGGAACAAGACUACCGGCAGCUGGAAGACAUGAUGUACGAUCGGUACUUUAUCAAGCUCGAAGCGGCUCAGCUCGUGCUUGGGCGUGGCUACGAGGCAAACAUGAAGAGCAUCCAGCAGGACACGCCGCGGAUGGACAGGCACCUCUUGGAGCGCAUCAACCUCUCCUUUACCCUGCAAAUUUCCAUUGUACCCAGCGCGCCGACACUCACAAAGUGCAAGCUCAGCGGCAACUUGCCGAGCCUCAACGUGCACUUUUCCGACGCCAAGUACAGGACGCUGAUGCGCAUCAUCGACGCUUCCAUUCCCCGCCUGGACAAAGCGGUGCAGCGCACGCCCACAGACAUGCUUCUCGCCCAGCCGCGGCGUGUGCACGAAGAAGACGACGACGAUGUGCUCGACGACGAGAGCGAUACCAGCACGCACAGCUCCGACAACGAGCAGUACGCCACCAGCGUAUCGGAUGUGCGCCGCGCCUUGCAGAAGACGUUUGAGUUCGAGCUUGUGGUAGGAUGCGUCCAAGGCACGGUCAGCAAGUCUGGCGCGCCUGCGCAGUCUGACACGCUGCUAGUACAAGCCGUGUUCCGCAACUUUAGGCUGGGUGUGCAUGUGUAUCCUUCUGAGCUGCAAGUCAGCGUCAACCUCGGCUCGCUUGAUCUGGUAGACAAAAUCGUCGACCAAGCGCCGCAGUUUUGCCACAUGAUCACCUCGCGUCCAUUCGCCUCGCUGGACAAGACGAGCGAUGCGGAGACGGAUGCGGAUGACCACGACCUUGUCACGGUCCAGUACACAAACGUAUCGCCAGACUCGCCCAAUUUUAUGGAUAAGUACGACGGGGUGGACAGCUGCGUACUCGUCGAUCUGCACACGAUCAGCCUCAUGCUGACGCGCAAAACGGUCUUGACGGUGUACGACUGGAUCAUGAUGACGUUUGUGAGUGGCGACGCCGAGCACGACAAGGCGCCCGAGCCUGCUGCGCCCGCAUUGGAAGCGCCCGCGGCGCCGACGCAGGUAAAGUUCCGAGUGAAGGUGAAACUGGACUCUGUGCAGCUCCGCUUAAACGACGACGGUGUGCUGCUUAGCACGCUCACGCUCUCCACCGCUGACAUUGCGGUGCUCAUGCGCGAGAGCGGAACGCGCGUUGCGAUGCGCCUAGGCUCGCUCUCGCUUCGCGACGAGAUCCAACGCCAGCGUGCGGAUCCCGACUUUGCCAACUUGGUAUCGAUUGACGGCGGCGAGCUUGCCGACUUUGCCUUGGAGACCUUUACCAAAUCCGAUCCGCAUUAUCCGGGGUACGAUACUUCGUUCUGGCUGCGGUGCGGUGCAGUGAAGGCUGUGUUUGCGAGCGAUGCAAUCAGCGACUUGCUGGCCUACUUUGCCAAGUUUGCCAAGAUGAAGGCUGUGUACGAUGCAGCGACUACUGCAGCUUCUGCACAAGCGUCGCAGUUCCAAGCGAGUCAAGGACGGACGCGCUACGAUCUGCUUGUCAAGAGUCCCAUUCUGCUGGUGCCUUUGGACGUCGCGAAGCUCGAUAUGAUUACGGCGCAUUUGGGCGAGUUGUACUUGUAUAACCAGUUUACCAAGGUGAAGUUGGGGUACCAGACGACGCUUGAUGCGGGCCUUGGGCAGAUCCAGCUGGUAUCGCGCAUCGUUACCGAUGGGAAUGCUCACGAGUUGCAUAUGCUGGAGGAUGUACACCUCGGACUGCAUCUGGAAGAGAAUGAGGAUGUAGGGGAGAAUGGGGAUGCUCGAAAGGGGGAGACAGUCGCGUCGAAUGUGGAGUUGGACGUGGAUGUCGAGAAGACAAAGGCAUUGGUGGCGUCCAGGGCAGAGCCAACGGCAGCGUCAAGUACAGAUGCCAAGGUGGAUGCCACGGCGGAUGCUCAGCCGGAUUCCAAGGUGGAUGCUCAGCCGGAUGCCAAGGCGGAUGCCCAGCUCGAUGCUCACGCAGACUCCCAACCAGACGCCCACGCUGCCGACGCUGCCGACUCUCAUUCAAGCACUCCUACCUCUCCCUCUUCACCACCCCAGCAGCAUUUCAGUGCAACACUCUCCGAUGUCAACGUAAAGCUCACGCACGGGCAAUAUACCAUGCUCCUCGCUCUUGCUACCUCCAUUUCCCGUGCAUUCGCAAACCAAGACGCAUUCUCUGCCGAAGAAAUGCUCCCACCCCAAACCGAGCCACCCAAGCCAAGCGCGCCGCGCGCCUGCAUUGUUGGCGGCCAAUUCAGUGUCGACAACGUUGACGUGAACCUGUACGACACCAACGCAACAGACGAGGCGUCGCUAGCGUCGUGCCACCUAUUCCGUUUCUCGCUACACGAUAUCUUGCUCAAGAUGCACCAGCAUCCCCAGCAAGGCACCGAGGCCGAGUUUACUCUCUCGACCUUCUCCGUUGUCGACACACGCCCCAGCCGCGAGACGCAUUUCCGCGAGCUCAUUCCCGCGAUCUCGCACGAUGGCAAGCAGCUCAUGCUCAACUAUACUGUAUCGCUUGACAACCAAGCACUUGCGGUAAUCACCCUCGACAGCCCCAAGUUCAUCUUUUCUGUCGACCCCCUCUUUGCGCUCCUCCGCUUUUUUGCCGCGCCGAGCGAGGAGUUGCGCGAGCAUGCGCCUGCACCGACGGCCACCACGCGAGCGCGCACCGUUCCUGCGCCGCCUUCGCCCACGCCGCAGGCGUCCGAUCUUCCCGAGCAACGCACGCUCUUUUUCCGGAUCAAUGUUGUGGAGCCGCGCAUCCUUCUUCUCUCUGCGCCCGAGCGCGCCGACUCGGAGGCGAUUGUGCUGACCGUGCGCCAGCUUUUGCUCUCGCGCCAGACGGUGAUGGCCCUCUCUGUGACCGAAUUUGGUAUUUUUGUGUGGCGGAUGAAUGCGCCCAAAGACAAGCAACGCCUGCUUAACAAUACGGAUUUGUCGCUUUCCGUGGAUUCGCGCACGACGCCUGCAGGCCCUGUAAUGAGCAUCGAUUUGGACGUGGAUGCACUGCUCGUCCGUGUCACACGUUCGGAUGUCCAGCUCAUCACCUCGGUGAUCAACACGGCGAUUGCCAUGUCUGUGCAGGAAAAAGACACGUUGCCCGGGAGCGACAACGUGAUUCCCCAGCAGACUCUCUCUGGCACCAUCAGCGACACGGACACGCCCGCCACUACGCACAAGACGUCGCAGCACGAUUCCCAUGGCAAGCUGUUUGUCACGCGUGAAGAGCUGGCCGUGAGCGCAGGCGGCAUCCAAAUUAUGGUCAUCAGCGAAGCGCACAUGCUGCCGCUUAUCGAUGCGCGUGUGCAGCCGUUCCGGGUGUCGAUAGCGGACUGGUCUGCCGACCUGCGCGUCUACACGACGCUUCAAAUGUACAUCAACAACUACAACUUUGCGUCCAGCUACUGGGAGCCUCUGCUCGAGCCAUGGGAAAUGGAGCUGCGCUACGAGCGCUUCCUCUCUCCCUCCAGCAUCUCGUUCGUCGUCUCCUCCGCGAAGCGCAUGGAGGUGAAUGUGAGUGCCACGUUUUUGGAGACGAUGAACAACAUGGUCCAGCUUCUCGACAAGGACCGCCGGCUGCGCGACGAUAUGCGGCACAUGGCUCCUUUUCGGAUCCGCAACGUGACGGGGUACAGACUCAGCGUGUGGGCCGAGCCAGGCAGCCAAGGAGGCGCGGCGCUGCGCAAUGCGCAGCACAUUGACAACGGCACGGAAAUUCCGUGGGCGUUUGGCGACUGGAAAUCGCUCCGUGAGAACCCCACCGAGGCGUCCUCGAACAAGCUCGCGGUGCAUCUCGACGAGAUGCCUUGGGAGCGCCUGCGCCACUUGCAAGUCGAUCGCGAAGGCGAAUUUGUUCUGGCCUUGCGCCCAAAGCUCGAGCGCGUGAGCCACCGGCUCUUGUGCGAAAUCCGUUUGGAGAACAAUGUGAAGAUCAUCACCUUCCGCUCGACAUUCUCCCUGGUGAACCGGUGCCUGAUUCCCAUCCAGGUGGGCAUCCUCGACGACCACGGCAGCGUCAAAGACACGCUUCUCCACGUGCCGCCGGGCGAGGAUUCGUCGCUGCCGAUCCUCGAGGCGUACUAUUCCAAGAUCCGUAUCCGCCCAGCGCCCGGAUUAGGAUAUGCGUGGUCGAGCGAGGCGGUCGGAUGGCAGGAGCUCAUGUAUGCCUCGACGCACAAACUUGUCUGUGCUGCCGACGACACCAACGAAGCGCCUUUCCUCUUCCAGGGCUUUGCGGUGCGCGAUGUCAAAAGCGCCUCGAUGCGCAGCUAUCCCCGCGUGGUGCUUUCGCUGCGCGCGCCUGUCGAGAUCGAAAAUCUGCUCCCGCACGACGUGCAGUACCGCCUCUUUGACAAGAACUUGAACCACAACUGGUCGAGUUUCCUGCGCCUCGGCGGCCUUUCUCCGGUGCAUGUCGUCCAGCUGGACCACCUCCUGCUCCUCAGCAUCGACGUGGACGACACGCCCUUUUCCCCGAGCGAGUUCGCUGUGAUUGCGUCGGACAACCCCGACGAUUUCCAAGUCGAGCACGUUUUGCCGCUGGUCGACAAGGCGAACAACAAGCUCGAGCUCCGCCUGCACUACUACACCUACCCCGACUCGGGCGGCGCGUUCAAGGUCCAGAUCUACGCGCCGUACAUCUUUCUGAACCAGAGCCAGAUGCCCGUGCUCGUGCGCGAGCGCCUGUGGGCGUCGCACACCUCGCUCGUCGCGGGCCAAGCCACAGAGCGCGACGAGGAUGCGCUGGCGGCGUGCAAGCCGCUGCUCCUGUCGCGCUUCCAGGAGCGCAAGAGCCGUUUCUUGGUGCGUGCGGGCGACUCGGCGUGGUCCAAGCCGCUCUCUUUCGACGUGAUUGGCUCCGAAGUCGAGGUGAGCAUCCAGUCGACCAACGCCGACCGCGAGGCGCAUUUGGGCCUCGAUGUCGGCGAGGGAUUGGGCCACUUUAAGCUCUCCAAAGUCGUCAAGCUCACGCCGCGGUACAUGAUCCACAACCUCUUGCCCGAGAGCAUCCGCCUGUGCGAGGUGGGCGGCGGCGACUACGUGACCAUCGAGGCGUACAAGCUCCUUCCCCUCCACUGGCUCCACGUGAACUCGACCAAGCACGCGAUGGUGGCAUACGCGCGCAAAGCGAGCCCGUGGACCGCGCCGUUUAGCAUCGACAAUAUCGGCACCGUUUUCCUGCGCGCCGCGCGCCCCGACGCGGCGCAGCACCUGAUCCAGGUCGAGGCCCAGAUGGCCGGUGCGGCCAUCUUUGUGAAGAUCAAGCCGUGCGACGGCCCGUGGCCUUUUGUGCUGCGCAACGAGACCAACUUUACCAUCCACUUUGCGCAAACGGCCGCGCUGGGCGAGAGUACCCGGGGGCGCCGCGCGAUCGAAAACGAGCAAGGCGCGCACGCCGAGCUCAAGCGCUACGAGCUCAAGCCGCGGAGCAAGAUGAAGUACGCGUGGGACUACCCCGCGGACUCGGACAAGUUUAUCCGCCUGGAGAUCCACGGGCGCGAGCGCGUGGUGAAUAUUUUGGAGAUUGGAUCCUUGCUCCCGUUCCGCUUCCCGGUGGAAGGCAAAAGCAAUGCUGUCGUCUCGCUCGAUGUGCGCGCCGACGGCGAGUCCCAAACGCUCGUCAUUUCCAACUACUCCGAGUCGGCGAGCCGCUUCAAGAUUGCUUCGAGCACGACCAGGAGCGAGCUGCGCGAUCCGCGCGACACGGGCUUUGAAGCCGUCGACGUCGACACGCGCAUCCUCGCCUCGUACAAGAUUAUGCUCCAGGGCGUGGGCGUCAGCAUCAUCAGCGCCAAGGUCAGCGAGAUUGCGUACCUGACCUUUGAAGGCCUCGAGCUGGUCUACUCCGAGUCGGAAGUGACGACGGCGGUGAAUGUGAUCUGCAAGUGGAUCCAGAUCGACAACCAAAUGUACGAGAGCAUCUUCCCAGUGGUCCUCUACCCCACGGUCAUUCCAAAGGACGGCAAGGAGCUCGACGUGCACCCCGCGCUGGAAGCGAGUAUCAUCCGCUUGCGCGACGAAACGCACGGCGUACUGCACAUCAAGUAUGCCUCGGUCCUCCUCCAGGAGAUGACGGCGGAGAUGGACGAAAACUUCUUGUUUGCCGUGUACAAUUUCUACCGUGCGUCCUCUGCGACGAUGAAGCAAGCACUCCCGCCCACCAUGUACAUUGAAUACGCCGACCGCCUUUGCGAACCCGACGACGCUUUGGCGCGCACCGACGAGGCGUACAUCGAAAUCCUCCACCUGCAGCCCAUCGCGCUAAACCUCUCCUUUGUGUCGACGAACCGCGUGGAUGUGGACGAUACGGAGAGCUCACGCACCCUCUUUCUCUUCAUCUUCAACGCGCUCAUCAUGACGCUCGGCAAUGUCAACGACGCGCCGAUCCGCCUCAACGCGCUGGUGAUCGAGAACGUGCGCAUGAGCAUGACGGUACUGCAGCAGCGCGUCGCGUACCACUACGGCCAAGAGUUCCUCUUCCAGAUCCACCGCGUGCUGGGCUCGGCGGACUUUUUGGGCAACCCCGUGGGCCUGUUCAACAAUGUCAGCUCGGGCGUCGCAGACAUCUUUUACGAGCCGUACUAUGGGCUUGUGAUGCACGGGAAUAGAGAGCUUGGGUUCGGCAUUGCGCGCGGCGCGAGCAACUUUGUGAAAAAAACAGUGUUUGGCGUGACAGACAGCGUGUCGAAGCUCACCGGCUCGAUCAGCAAAGGCCUCACCGCCGUCACGAUGGACCCCGAGUACCAGAACCGCUGGCGCAUGUCGCACUUCCGCAACAAGCCACGGCACGCCCUUUAUGGCAUCGCCAGCGGCACCAAUUCCUUGUUCACCAGCGUCGCCAGCGGCAUCGAGGGUCUCGCACUCCGGCCCCUCGAGGGCGCAGAAGACGGCGGCACCGCUGGCUUUCUCCAAGGCAUCGGGCGGGGCCUUGUCGGCGCGGUGACCAAGCCCGCUGCGGGCUUCUUUGACAUGGCCAGCAGCAUCACCGAAGGCAUGCGAAAUACCAUGCUCGUCUUUGACCAGCACGAUAUCCACCGCAUCCGACUCCCGCGCUUUAUCCCGGGCGACAAGAUCGUGCGGCUUUACUCGCCACGCGAGGCGCUUGGCCAGAUGUGGCUUCGCCAACUGGACCAGUCGCGUCUCGCCCACGACCACUACGUUGCCCACGUCGAUAUCCCGGGGCCCCAUGGCGGCUCCACCGUCAUGAUCAGCGAACACCGUGUGCUAUUUAUCCGCACGACCAAGCUCAAAGUACUGUGGGAGGUGCUAUGGCCGGAUCUAUCUACCAUUUCUCUCGAGCCAAAUGGAAUCUCCCUUGUCUUGCGCGGCGGUGUCAUGGGACCGUUCUUGCCCAUCGCCGAAGCGAGCACGCGCGUUUGGCUCUUUAAGCAAAUCUCGGGCGUCGUGCAGCAGUACAAUGCCGCCCACGUGUAG